CACCUUAUUCAAGUACAUUGCUUUGUUCUCACCAAGUGAAAAAUGGGUAUCACCGGAGGAUUAGUAAGGAGCGCCUUUUCAAGAAACCGGUCGGCCAGAAUUCAAGAAACCAGCCAGGUAAGAAACAAUGCAGGUGAUAAAAAAAGAUGGACUGGUGUUAGAUCAUAUCUUUGUGGAGAUGAGUUAUUAAAUUCAGUAGCUGCAGAGGAAGAUUCAGAUUCAGUUAAAUGUUCAGAAGAAACAGUAACACAGCCCGUAACGGAUGAUUCUGCAAGUAAAAGAGAAGAUAAUGUUAAUAAUCCAAAUGAAAAGCAUAAUUCAACUUCUAAAUUGUUUCAGCAAGAUGAUGCAGCAAUUACUAUUCAAUCUGCAUUCAGAGACUUCAUGGCUAGACGCCGUAGCCGGAGCAAGGAAAUUGAAUUGAAGGAUGAUAAACAGGAGCUUGUUGUGGCAAUGGAAAGCCCUGGUAGAGAUUCUGUCGGUACAUCAAUUGAAGUUCAGACAGGAAAUUCUGUAGAAGUUGUUUCAGUUGAUCAUGAAAAUUCAGCUGUUCAUUUCCAAAUGUCAAAAAAGGCCAGAACACAAAUUUUCAGGAUAAAGGAAGACUGGGAUGAUAGCACAGCAAGUAGCAAUGCGAUUAGAAGAAGGAUUCAGAACAGAAUGGAAGCGACGAACAGGCGUGAAAGGGCACUGGCAUAUGCUUUUGCACAACAGCUAAGAAUAUGUUCAAAGAAAAAACAGACGAGAACCGAUGGAACAGAACAGAACAUGGGUUGGAGCUGGCUAGAAAGGUGGAUGGCAACUCGAAUCCCAGACACCUCACUUGAAAGUCAUACAAACAGCAAUCACAAACUAGCAGCUAGGAAGAGAUUUUUCGAUAUAGUAGGAGAAGAAAGGGAAAGUUGUGGGUCAAAUGAAGUGUCGGUUCAAUUUGAUAGCUUGUCGAUGACUGCAGGAAGCGAAAAGAGCGUUUGCAAGAACCGGAUUAAGCCUACAAGAGCCAUAUCAAGAAGGAAAACAGUCCCAAGGUCAGAAGGAGCAUUACAAGGUAAUCAAGGAAGUGUGUCAAAAGGAGACCAGCAAAUAAAGAACACAACAUAAUAUAAAUUGCAAGCAUAAUGCACCCAAGCAACAGCUUCUGCUCCUUGUGUAAUAUCAAUCUUGGAACAAAUUUCAAUUACUAUUUGCAUUUUAUUUCAUGAAUAACGUAUUGCUGCAGCAUACGUAACAAAAAUUGCAUUGUAUGUCAUCAGAAUCCAAGAAUCACUUGCAGUGUAAGGCACGUAAAAGUGACCUAAAGUAUGGGAUGAAUGUCAACAAUCAUGAUUAAUACAGCACUAUAUUGCACGGAAA